CGCACGAUGAAUACACGAAGAAGUGAACCAAUGGAGAGAGUUAAAAAUGUUCUCUCUCCGAAGUCUUGCGAAGUCUGAGAUAAAUCUCCGCAAAUCCACUUAUAAGACGGUGCCAAAAGCAACGGCGACGAUGCAAAAGGUUACGCAAAAGUCAACGGAGUCAAAGACACCAGAGUCAACUAAAUACGACGACGACAAUACGACAAUGCAAAGAGCUAGUGUUUCAGAGUCGAUGUCAUCAGGGGCAACGACGUAUGAAAUAAAGGAAAAUAUACAUACAAAUAUGAAAAGAAUUAAUCAAGUCGUGCGUCGGGAAGUCGCCAAGGAAAGGAAGAAAUUAAAAAAAGAAGAAUAUCAAAGACGCAAAGCGCAAUACAGGACACGUAUUCCUGCACCACCUGUGUAUGUGGCACCAUCGCCAAUACCAUCGUUUUACUACCGAUACUGCCAUAUGUUGGGUAGCAGAGUCCGCAUCGGUGGAACUUUUAAAUCUACGCCGAUGGGUGCUGGGACUGUCACUUUGGGUGGCAGAGUCCGCAUCGGUGGAACUUUUAAAACUACGCCGGUGGGUGCUGGGACUGUCACUCUUGGGUGGCAGAGUCCGCAUCGGUGGAACUUUUAA